GUAGAAUAGAGAAUCAGAGCUUUCUAAAUGUUACAUGCAUCUAAUUACUGUCUGUCUGUCAUCUCUCAAGCUGAUCUCCAUUUCACUUCUCUCAACUAAACAACUACGAUAACGUACCCCGCCUCAUCAGUUGAAAGUACAACAUGAUGGCGCCAAGUAACUCUUCGUCGCUUCGCAAUGUGCAAGACAUCAAACAGUUCAGCGAUGUCAUGCUGAUUUGUGAGGGCGAGAUAUUCAAUGCCCACAAGGCCACCAUCUGUUUGGUAUCGCCUGUCAUGGCCGCUGCUUUAACAGGCAAUUUCAAUGAAGCAAAGAUCAAUCAGAUUGUCGUAUCCUUCGACUUACCUAGUGUCAAGCGCCUAAUCGAUUUUAUGUACACUGGUGACUACGACUUGUCCACCUAUACAGCAUCCGACAUUCUUUCGGCUGGUCAUAUGGUGGAACAAGCUAGUUCUACGGAGGAAGCCGGCAAAGAAAUUGGUAAUCUCACCUCAAAUCAAUGUGAGAAACUUUUGUUAACCGUGUCUUUAGUUUUGUUGUUGGAAAAUCUCACCAUCUCUAAUGGCGACGAAUCUGAUACCACACGUCCUAACACUAUCCACGACCAGCUAACUAGCCAUGCUCGCAUGAAUGCCAUCGCGGAUUAUUAUGCCAUCCCUGCGCUCGCAACGCUGUCAACCGCGAAUUUCAGACGCGUCCUUGAAGAUGAGUGGUCUGCCAAAGACUUUUGCGGUUUUCUCCGAGGAUCGAAAGGCAUGAUGGGUGAUGCACAAUUUAAAAAGAUGCUGGGUGCUAUGACCAUGAGACAUCUCGAAGAGGUCGCUGAGAAUCAUCUUUUGGAUGAUGAAGAUGUUGUUCGAGAGCUCAGUCCAUAUUUGCUGCCUGAACUCUAUUGCUUGCUGAAGUCAACAAAGGAACUUCUGGAAGACUCAACCAAGAGAGCGAAGGGCCUUGAGGAUAACCAAGCUCAGUGUGUAUCGCUCCUUUCGCGAUGGUCUUCAUGCAGACACUGCCCAGCUAAAUUUCAUUGCUUUCUCGAAAAGGAGUACCAAAUUCCUUCAUCCGGCCUCCUUCUACGCUGUAGCAAAUGCCGAACCCGCCACCAAUGAAGCAUUUAGGACGGAUAGUAUGAGAUUCGUCUGCUGUUCAGCUGUCAUGGAAUGAUGGCAUAUAACUAGGAUUCAGCAAGCUGCACUACUCAGAGCUAGCCACACUGCAGAAUCAUGUAACUUACUCAAGGAUAAGGAAAAGUUGAUAUUAAUUGACAUCAUAGACUGGCCAGAUC